AUGUACCAUCAAAGAAGACCAAGUACUUCAACAUCAUCUUCAAUUUCUCAUCAACAAAUGGGUUAUGAAAUUCCAUCUUCUAUGCAACAUCGCCACCAAGAACAAUUCUAUCAACAUUCCUAUAAAAUGGAAGACGCUUUGCAAGGUCUUCAACUCGUCUUAUUAGUCGAUAAAAGUGGCUCCAUGAAAACCGUAGAUGAAGACGCUACAGGACAAGGACGAACGAAUGGUAUGAUUAAACAAAACGAGUGGACUCGAUAUGAUAAUGUAUUUCAAGUUGCAAAAUAUUUAGCUGAAAGUGUGUUUGAAUAUGACGCCAAUGGAUCUGUACCUAUUUUCUUCUUUGAUAACAAUGUGGUGGAAGAGGAGGCCACAAGUAUUGGACAAAUGUUAGUCAAGUUUAGAAAUCACAAACCUCAAAAUGGAAGUACCAAUAUGUUGGAAGCAUUAAGAAUGGCAUUCGAUAGACACUUGAAUAAUAGAGAGAAUAUCUUGUUUAUUGUGUUUACCGAUGGAUGUCCCAAUGCUGGUCAGGAGAUUAAGAUUUUGGAUUUGAUUCACAAGAAAGUUGUGAAAUCAGAUCCAACAGGAAACAGAGUGAAUAUUUUGUUCAUUCGUCAUGGUGACGAUCAAGGUGCCAUUGAAUUCUUGCAAUAUUUGGAUGAUUGUCAGUUAAUUGGAGAGAAUGUUGAUACAAAGAGUGACAAUGCUAUCUUUGCGAUGGGACCUAAAAAUGUCAUUCUUAAUGCAAUUUUCGAACAUUUGGAUGAAGAAUUCAAGCAUUUCAUAUAA